AUUCUGACGAUUUCGAGCUCAGCGUGAAGGAUUCCAAACCUCCCAUGGUUUUCAAUCCCAAAAAUUGCUUCUGUAGAACCUCGGAGAUCCAGAAACUGGCCAAGAAAGCUUCUCAAAUCAGAUGCGUUUGUCGAAAGACGAGGUGGCAAAAAUUUCGACAAGCUUUCAGCAAGAAAAAGAUCUACUGUCCCUGCUUGAAGGAUUUUCAGAGGAGCGUCGAUAAAGUUGAGAAGAAACACGGAAAAACCUGUGCUUGUUGCAGGAAAUUGCUGGAAAAACUUCAUUUGGUCACCAGUGACAAGGACAACCAACCAGGAUUUUGGGCUUCGAUAUGCGGCAUCUUCAAGAGCUCCUGUUUGGGUGGUAAGUGUGAGUGUUGCAGAAAAGUAGCUGGAAAAAUAAAGAAGAUAUGCGGGGACACCGCAAAAAGAUGCGCGUUCUGCAGAAAAAUUGGAAAGAAGUUCACCAAGAAGAAGCCUGCUGAAGAGAAUUUUGAAGAUUCCUACGAGGAGAACGAUUAUGAUUGGUGGACUAAAUACUAUUCUUCGCUGAAACCUCUUCCUAAGCCAGAUGAACGUGCAUCCAUAAGGGACACAUUCAGGCUGAACAUAUAUAAUAGAGAGUUAGAAACUCAAGCUGAAUUCAACCAUUUCGAAGACUUAUUGAUGGCCUUUCCUAUGUACAAAGGUAAGAGGACUGGAGAUGAGGUAGUUGAUAGAGAUAUGGUACAAGGAGUGUUCAAAGGAAAUAUCAAGAUUUAUAGAUGGCCAGAAUCAACUGAGAAACAUCUAUUGACCAGAUACGGAAGGCCUCUGAAGGAUGGAUAUUUUGGACAAUUCCCUCCUAAUCAUCCACUUCAUUUCACUCUGAGGGUGUACUGUGUGAGAGCCCUGCAUUUGCCACCGAAAGAUGUAAACGGCAAAUGUGAUCCUUAUCUGCUAGUUCGUCUGGUUGAUCGAGUUCAGGAUAAUAAAGAUGAUUUCAAGAACAAGGAUCUGAAUCCAGUUUUCGGAAGGAUGUUCGAAUUCAACGGGAUAUUCCCGAAAGACCACACCCUGGUGGUUCAAAUCUGGGACAGAGACGUCGCGACGAAAGACGAUCUGAUUGGCGAGACCAUAAUCGACGUUGAAAACCGUCUGUACACGAAUCACAGAGCGAAAUGCGGCAUUCCGGAAUUUUACAAAGAGACCGGCUAUUGCGCUUGGAGGGACCAGACGAAACCGACGGCCAUCCUGAGCCGGCUCUGCACGCAUUGGAACCUUACCAAACCGGAAUAUGCCCCGACAUCUGUGCGGAUCGCUUCGAAGGUGUUCGAAUCGACGAAAUACGAAUCAUGCGGCGACGACAGGAUCGAUAAGGAGGUGAAAGCGCUCUAUGCUCUGAGGAAUUGGGAUCAGGCACCUUUUGUCGGGAUGAAAUUGGUUCCGGAGCACGUCGAGACGAGGUCGCUGUAUUCGCCCGAUAAGGCCCUUGUUGAACAGGGUAAAAUUCAACUCUGGAUAGACAUAUUUCCAGCUGGCGAUCUCCCGCCUCCGUCGGCUGUCGACAUAACGGUUAAGCCCCCGAAGGAUUAUGAGCUCAGAGUCGUGAUCUGGAACACCGCCGAUGUCCUGUUGCAGGAGGACGAGUUUAUCAGCGGACAGAAAAAAAGCGAUAUAUUCGUCAAGGGGAUGAUCCUGGGUCACGACAACGUCCAGAGCACCGACGUCCACUACCGCUCGUUGACCGGGGAGGGAAACUUCAACUGGAGGUUCGUCUUUCCCAUGCAGUAUCUUCAGAACGAGGACAUGACUUUGAUUCGACGUAAAGAGGGUCAUUUCCAAUCGAAAGAUAGCGACAAGAAAUUUCCCUGCAGGCUGACGUUGCAGGUCUGGGAAAACGAUAUGUUUUCCAAGGACGAUUUUCUGGGUACGCUGAGUUUGGACUUGUCACGUAUGCCGAGAGGUUCAAAAGGGGAGGAGAACUGCAAUUUCACUAUAACAGAGCCGAAUGCACCACGUAUAAAUCUUUUCAAGACGAAGAGGACCAGGGGAUGGUGGCCUUUUAAGGGGAAGGAUUUAGACGGCAAUUUAACGCUGGUGGGUAAAGUUGAGGCAGAAAUGGAACUGCUGACUGCGGAAGAAGCUCAACAGAAGCCCGCAGGUAUUGGCAGAAAUGCACCACAAGCUUUGCCUGAACCAAAGUGA